AUCUCAUCAGCCCUCAGCUCACUGCGCGAGUUCGUAGCCCCAUCUGGGGAAUGAUCUCACGACGUAGAGCUUUACAGAAUGUCAUUUCUGAGUGCAUUCUUCAUGUUCGGCGGCUGGCUUGAAGCGCAUUUGUCUGACAUCGCGUACGGACCGGCGAAAGGUACGAACAAUGUUUGGCCUGUCGGCUUUGUACUUAUAGGCACGCCAGUGCCACUGGAGGCGCGGCGACAUCCAACAUCGAGGAGGAGAAGACUCUCCCACCUGCGUCCUCAGCCGAGGUGAAAAGAGGGAGAGGGAGACCUCCGAAGGCGACUAUCGUGUCCGGUGAACAGAUCGACGUGCCUAGCACCACCCAGGGGUUCCGCAACUGGUACAACGACAAAGAUCAUCCUCAUUAUGUCAGUUUCUACGACGGUCUGGAUAUCAAAGGGAAGGUGUUGGGAACGAGUGGGUCCACCAUAGAUGUCCGCGCUUUACUCGCGUUCCGUGUCGUCCCCCGGUUGGGUUUGGAGCCAAAGGAUGUGAUUCCCGGCUGGGACAAGGUCAAUGCGACUCCAGAUUGCUCAGAGAUGCUCCUCAAUCUGGUGGCUGCUAGCUCUACAGAUUUGGGCUCAGUCUCGUUGACCAAGCAUACUGAGGGUGUGCAGCCCGAGCUGGUGGCCAUGCUUCGCUUGAUGCAGCUGGACCGGGACGAUCCACAUUAUCUUCUCGACAAUAUCGACGGUGCCACAACGGUUAUGCGCAAACCGAUGUCCGACUUUCUAUCGAACCCCUUCGUGUCCGUUUUUACCGCCCUGCGCGAUCUCCGUACCCGACGCCUGGCUGAAAACUACGAGCACGUUUUGGACGGCGUCUCCUGGGACAAUGGGAAGAGCUUGUCAAAUGAAUCAGAAGAAGAUAAGGGCGAACGCGCCAGUCAGGAGCUGCUCUUCCGGUUGAUGGAUGUCAUCCUCCAGUUCUUUUCGAGACAAAAGCAGGGUGCAGAUUGGCUGCGCAGCACUGGAGCAGAGCUCAAGCUCGGGUCCUCUUUUGCAUGCUCCCCAGGCGACUAUAAGAGAUUUUUGAAACGCAAAGCGGAGGAGGAAGAAAGGGAGCGGAAGCGUAAGGAGAAGGCACGCAGGAACUCAAAUCCUGUCGACAUCACUGCGGAACGGAAUAGGCUGACAGCGGAACUCGAGGAGGAAGACGUUGCAGAUCCAUUGGAUCACGUUUCAGAUAUCGAAGAGGAGGGGGAGGAUCCCGGCAGUAGCAAACGUAUUCAUUUUUCCUCGACCGACGACGGGUACAUGUAUCUUGGUCGUGCCGGUAAAACUUCUGGCAGUAAUCGAUUCUCGAAGAUCCCCGUCGUUCGCUAUGAGGCGAAACGCCUCAAGGCGAUGAAUGUUCAGAAAAAUCGACCGAAGCAACUCAAGAAGGAACGAGCCUUUUUCAAACGUCAAUACGCUGUCGAUCGGUCCGGCAGCGCAGAUGACCCACAAUUCAUGGGGACCGAUCAGCCUGAGGCGGUUUUGGAGACGAAUCACAUCUCUCGUGCUGCGCUCAAAGUCAUUUCGCAACAGUUCGCUGAGAUGCUCACUGGGAUCUACGUCAACUUACACUACCGCAACGACUACGAACGCCGUGAGAAGGAGCGCGACAAAUUGGAGAAGGCUCUCUUCGAUGCGCUUCCUGAUGCUGAAAAACGGAAGAUGGCUGCAGAUCUCGCGAAAACGAUGUCGGCCGCGGGCCAAGAGAAAGCUUGGCUGUACCGUCAGGAAUUAUCUCGUGAUGCGCAUCUGGCACACGGAAACGAUGUCGUCACCCCGAGAAACGUCGAUUUUCUGGAGAAAGAGGGACUAGACUGUGAGGAUGCCGACACGGCUCAGGCUCAAGACGAGCCUAGUGGCGAGAUGGAGAUUGAGACUAGGAAAAAUUCGAGGCCACGAGUGCCACUAUCGAAGCCCUACAAUGCGAAGCGGAUCGGGGAGAUCGGGGAGUGGCAGCAUCAGCAAGGAUUCACUAUCCACAUUCGCCACACAUAUAUCAGCUUCAGCAGGAUCGAUGUCACCGCUGACUACUUGGAGAAAGCAGCAACACUGGAAUGUCUCAAAGAAGGAUCAGUCGAAUUCAAACAAACGAGGGAAUUUGAUCUUCUGUAUGCUCAUGACCGAUAUGAAGCUGGAAGAGCGAUAUGGGCAUUGCUUAGCUUCCUGCACGGCGAGGGAGAGGAAAAACCAGCGAUUGGUCGGUUGCAAACUGCUGCGAAACGCAACUUUGGCACGUACUUCCCUCUGAUGCAUAUGGAUGGAAAGCCUGGCGACCCAGGACUCGACUUGAAGGGCAGUGGAUCGAACGGGAGUAACCUUGAGCGCAUAGACGACCCAGAUCACGUGGCGAACGCAACAGACCCCGGUCCAAACAAGCUGAUCAAUGUCGGCAAUACCUGCUAUGCUAAUGCGUUGAUCCAAUCGCUUGCAGCCACCAUCACGCCCGAGCAGCUUGAUGAACUCGAGAAACUUGUCGCAGACAAUUAUGAAGCGACCUGGGCUCCAACUAAAUUUGUUCAAGCGCUUAAGGAUGUCAAUGGACCUCCCAAGACGGGACUAUCGCUGGAGCAUCUUGUUUGGACCCAAGAAGAGCUACAGAAAAUCAAAACAGAGGAGGCCGGCGAGCGGAAAACAGAAGCGGCCAGAAAGCUCAACGGGUUGCCACCUGCGACUAUCAGUGAACCAGAGCGCAAAUGGAGAGAGACCCGCACUCGCACUCGCGAAAAAUUGCGAAAAGAAACGUUGGACUUGGAACGUGGGAAACAAGAGGACCCGUUGCAGAUGCUGGAUGUGCUUCUAGGGACGGCCUUCGAUGUACCAGGGGCUGAGAUGAAGCUGCUGCAACUCGAUAUCAAGGAGGUUUUCACCUGCACUGGUGGUACAUGUUCGGGCCAGAAAGGAAAGGUUGAUCCAGAUUAUGUGCUGCGACUACAUCUCGACUUGGUCGAAAAGCCGUUGGAGGAACUCGUGAAAGCUGCAUUCGCCGCUCGGCCGCUGGAGUUGCUCAGUUAUGCAUGUCCUAUGCCCUCAAGGUGCUACACUGGUGUGACAGUACAACGCGAAAUCACAAAGCAUCCUGGUCCGCCGAUUCUAGCCGUCCAUCUCAAUCGGGCGCUCAAUAUACAUUACGGCAACAACCAAAUCACGGAUGGGGUUCCCCUUGCUAUCUUGCGGCAGAUCGUGGCCGACCGAACUGAGUUGGCCGCUGGACUUGCACAGGGCGAGCAUGAACUCGUACAAUUGAGGAACAAUCUGCGACCGAAGAUGAAGGUACAAUACGAGAAGGAUAAAGCCGCGGCCGCCUUCUUUGGGGCGGAUCUCUCUAAGCUUGAUGAUUCUAAAGAGAUGAAAGAUUUGCAAAAAGAGUACGCAGAUGCCAAAUCUCGCACGGUAGAUGCUUUGCGGAAUUCCAAGCCUCAAACUCCCCGGAAGACACAUGCUCCGGUCAACCUCUUCAAUGCUGACGGGACGACCGAGACCCUGGUAUUGCCCAUAACGUCUGCCACAGGAAACAGACGAGGCGACGUCUCGUACGAACUGUACGCGGUGGUCUGCCAUCGGGGAACGACGGUUGAUAGCGGACAUUAUGUUGCAUACGUGCGAAGAGACGACAUUUGGUUCAAAUGUGACGACGAUUUAAUUUCGAAGAUCGGCGACUCUACUGCUUUGCAAACAACUUUCAAUAUCGAUGCCGCUCAACAUGUGGCCUACCAAGACGACACGGGUGCCAACAAAGGAUAUUGGGAAGAAAAGGGCAAGGAUGGGGAGUCGGACCAACCGUACCUUUUGUUCUAUCGUCGCAUCGAGCCUGUCCCUGCGAUCUAGGGAGGGCAUGUCGAGCCAGCUACACUCUGCACCGUGUUAGUAGAUGACAAUACCAUGAACGCAAUGACCACGA